UCUGCGUGGCUCUCUGCUCUCUUUUAUCUCGUCCACACACGUGGGGGCGUGGCUUCAACCGUGCGUCAUCUUAUCAGGAAGAAACGCUCCAGUUUGCGGCGCGCGGAGGAGAGGAGCGAAUGAAUAGCUGGAAGCAUUAUGCCCGAUGAGAUGUCACGGCCUUUAAUUCGAGGGAGAGGUGGAGGGGGAGGCUCCAGACACCUCGAAGCCUCCGUGUCUGAACCCGGCGCUCCGGUAAUUGGCAUCCUGGGUACGGGCGACUUCUCCCGCUCGCUGGCCAGAAGGCUGGUGGCCUCCGGCUACCAAGUGGUGGUGGGAAGUCGGAUCCCCAAACGCUCCGUGGCUCUCUUCCCCGAGGAGGCCGAGGUGACCUCCCAGAUGGAGGCAGCAAACCAGGCAGAUCUGGUCUUUGUUGCUGUGUUUCCUGAGCACUACUCCACACUGGUGGAGCUGAAGCCGGCACUGGCUGGAAAGACUCUGGUGGAUGUUAGCAAUGGUUUGCAGAUCAACCGAGAAGGACCCUCCAUUGCAGAACAGCUGGCUGACCUUUUCCCAGAGAGUUUUGUCGUCAAAGGGUUUAACACAAUAUCAGCCUGGACGCUCCAGGUCGGACCUCGGGAUGGAAGCAGGCAGGUUUUCCUGUGUAGUGACAAUCAAAAGGCAAAGAGCUCGGUGAUGCAGCUCUGUCACAGGCUGGGCUUCAUCCCCAUCGAUAUGGGUCUCCUCUCCUCUGCUGUGGAGAUUGAAAACCUCCCCCUCUAUCUGUUCCCCUCCUGGCGCAUCCCUGUCCUCUGCACACUGUCUUUGUUCACCUUCUUCUACCUGUACAACUUCCUCCAUGAUGUCUUGCAUCCCUUCGUCACAGCAGGGAAGAGCGCUUUCUACAAAAUGCCCAUUGAGACCGUGAACGUCACUCUUCCGUCUGUGGCCUUGGUGAUGUUGGCCCUGGUCUACCUGCCUGGUUUGUGCGCUGCCUUCCUCCAGCUGUGUUGGGGAACCAAGUACAGACGCUUCCCCAACUGGUUGGACCAGUGGCUCACCAGGAGGAAGCAGUUCGGGCUGUGCAGCUUCCUGUGUGCCGUUCUUCACGCCAUUUACAGUCUGUGUCUUCCUAUGAGGAAAUCUACUCACUACAAGCUGAUUGACACGGUGCUGAAACAGGUGAAGGAGGGCAAGGAGGUCUCGUGGGAUGACGACGCCGUGUGGAGGAUGGAGCUGUAUCUGUCUGCAGGCAUCAUGGCUCUGGGGCUGCUCUCUCUGCUGGCCGUCACCUCGCUGCCCUCAGUGGCUAAUACGAUCAACUGGAGGGAGUUCAGCUUCAUACAGUCCACACUAGGUUACUGUGCCUUGUCCAUGGCCGCCAUCCACACACUUCUCUUCGGCUGGGAUCGUGCUUUUGAUCCGGCACGGUAUCACUUCUACCUGCCUCCCACUUUCGUCCUGGUCCUGAUUCUUCCCCUCGUGGUUCUGCUGGGCCGCCUGGCCCUUUUUGUGCCCUGCAUGGCCUCGCGCCUCCGACAAAUCCGCCGCGGUUGGGAGAAGAGUCGACACAUUCGCUUCAUCCUGCCAGAUGACGACUGCCAAAACGGGUUGGAGGGUGUCAGCAAUGUGUGAGAAACACAGUUUGAAAAUUAAGACAAAAGGGUGUUAAAAUCGGAAGACUUUUUAGUGUGCGCUCAUGAAUACAAAGCACAGAGAAGAUAAAAGAUUUAUACGCUGUUGGAAUGUAUUAAAGGCUCAUCUCUUUAGUUUUUUGGAGAGGUUUCAGAGUUGCAUCUCAACAAAUCAUCUGGAAGUUCUUCAGACAUAUUUCACUGGUAGAGGUAGGUCACCAACCUUAAUGCACUAUGCAACGUCAGUAAUGACUUUAAUUUAUUGUUUUCUGUUUCUAUAUUUGAAGCAUCAGUCCAAAAAUGAAGAACAGUAUCAGCCUUUGGAUUAAUUCAGUGCCAGAUGGCAACUAGUACACCUUUAUUUAACCCACUAAACACUUUAUAUCUCAGUUUCUAUCAUUUUAUAAGUGAGUUUUCUUCACUUUGAUUAUCAGUAGCAGUCUUGGCUUUACGCUCAGUUUUUCUUUCCUCUUUUGAUUGUUUUCUUGUGUCAUUUACUUGCACUUGAAGAUUGUGCAGUUGUUCAUUUUGUCAAUCCACAUGCUGAGAACAAACAGACAUUGUGCCACGUUAUUUAAUUGUGAGGUUAAUUUGCAGGCAUUUUCUUUUGCAGUACUUUGACAAUGUAAUGUGCUUUAAUGUUCAUUUAAACUGUGAGGCACUGGAAUAGAAUUAUGGGGAUGGGAAGGUAGUUUUAAAAUGCAAGACUCUUUCCAGCGUUGUUAUUUUCUGUGGAUCCUCCUCUUGACCUGACCCCCAACUCAUUAAUGAUUGAACAAUAGGGAAUUAUUUAAACAGUGAAUACAGUAACAGAGCGUAGUCACUGUAUGUGCCACCAGUACACAUAAAUUGGAAAUUAACAAGGGUAUGACAAACAAAUGCCCCAUUUCACUAAAUAUAAAGGUAAAUUUUAAAGAGCUGGCCAGUGCUAAGUUGAAGAUAUGUUCUUGUUUUCCACAUAAGGCAAUUAGGUUUUCAUGUGCAAAGAGAUACUUCCUAUUUAGAAUCAGAAUCACUUUAUUUAGGAUAUUUAGGAAACAUGGCAUAAAAUACAGCCAUCCUUUGGCCUCUUAAUUGUUUUGAGAUGUUCUAUUUCAUAUUGGCAAAAUGAGAAACAAACAAAAAGGAAACACUAAAAUCAUCCCCUGAUUUCCAGAUCCAAAGUCGUUCUUUCUUUUUUUGAUUAAAUGUCUAAAAGCUCCUCACUAUUUAUCACAGUUACCUAUUAGGAGUGGUUUUUUUGUUUUGUUUUUUUUGGAUGAAAAUAAUUCCUUCCUGGCUUAAAAUGGCUCAGAUGUAACAAUACAAUGUUGCUUUGAGCUCAACCACGACUCUUUUCAAAAAAUAGAACUACUCUACUACUACACAUGAUGAAGUUGUAAUAUUGGGGUAAUCCAUCCUGACCUUGUUGGUUCUUCAGGUUUUGUUUCACGUGAAAUUCUUUUCUCAAGUUUUUGAGACUGUUGAUGCUUAUUUCACUCAUAUGUCUUCCCCCACAUAAAAAGCACUUCAUGGACAUGUUAAAGAAACGUGACUUUCACUGGAGACCGUCUCUAAGCCAAUAUAGAAAAGAAGCUCUUAUUUGACCGCCACUUUCUACUUUAUAGUACGCUCCUUCACUCAGAUAUUGUUCAUAAUGUGCCAACUGGAAACCUGAAUUGUGAAGCAUUUCUGCAGGUAACUGUGCACAUGUGGCUUUUUUUUGGUUAUACAUUGCUAGCUAUUGUCGUUAGUGUUGUACAACUCCAACCUGCUGAUACAUCAAUCAAUAUUCUUUUUGACUUCAAAAAUCUCUGUGCUGUUGUAUCAUUCUCAACUGUUCCACUCUGAACAUGAUUGACAGUUGGUCUGUCUUGUGAUUUCAACAUUUCCAUGUUUCAUGUGUUGUUGUUGUUUUUUUUCCGUUUUUUUUUUCAUUUUUAUGUUCUUGCCAAAGGUGGUUUUCUGUUCUGUGAUGAAUAUGUUCUGUGAGUCUAACUUAAAGUAUUCUUAUAUUAGUGUACUGACAUUGUGAAAUGAGUGUGUGUGAUCAUAAUGGCACCAACAUAAAAAUUUCAAAUGGAAAUUUCUAGUAGUUGGAAUAAAGCAUGUUUUUUUUU